AUGCCUAAUCGCGAUCCUCCUUCUUGGCUUUGCCUUUCGGCGAAGCAUUGUGAUUUCGCGACAAUGGAGAUGACGUCUGAAGUCGGCAGCAGCCACGAUUUUCCCGCGUUCAAACUUCUUCUCUCGUGUCCUGCAGGCCUUAAUCCUUCUGAGGUGUCUGUGGUGUUUAACCAGACCUAUGAUAGAAUUCCCCAUCUGGAUACCAGCCUAGAAAAUUCAAUCACGGAGAUAUGGGACAAGAGAUCUCAACAGAACCCAUCUUUGUUCAAUGGACUCAAGUUCAGGUAUGGUGGGCAGACCCUCACUGGUAAGGAUGGUUCGUGUAGUAAGGCUAAUGUAUGUCUUCAUCUUGGCUUGACUGAUUACAGGACAUUCAUUGGAACAAACUUGAAUCCUUUGUGGGAAAGAUUUCUUUUUCCUUCUGAAGAUGACUGGAGAAAGUGUCAGCAUACCUCCAAUCCUCUUGGCAAUGGUGCAAUUGUAGAGACAUCAGAUAGAGAAGUUGUUGUGCUUCAAAGAAGUACAAAUGUUGGCGAGUUUCCUGGACACUUUGUUUUUCCUGGAGGGCAUCCAGAGCCCCAAGAAGUUGGCAUAAUAAGCCAUCAAUCUAAUGGAGGAUUAAGCUGUGAGAUGAUCAAUAGAAAGGUUUCUCAAGAAAUGUUUGACAGCAUUAUUCGUGAAGUAGUUGAGGAAAUUGGAGUUCCUGCUGCUAGCCUGGGCAAGCCCAUAUUUAUUGGAAUAUCCCAGAGAGUGUUGAAUGUUAGGCCAACAGCUUUCUUCUUUAUUAAAUGCUGCCUUCCUUCCGAGGAGAUUCAAAAACUUUAUAGAAAUGCUCAAGAUGGCUACGAAUCAACUCAGCUUUACACUAUGUCAAGGUGUAAGUUGGCAGACAUUACGUCUAAAAUGCCAGGAUGCCACCAAGGAGGAUUUGCGCUCUAUAAGUUUAUGUUAGAGGCUGAAAAGGAGAACACAUAG